AUGCCCCGCGAAUACCAACCCCACCCCCGCCCCAACAAACGCAAACACAGCGGCGGCGCAGACGACAACCUCGACGAACCCAGCCACCACAGCGGCCACCAUCCCCACUCCCGCAAAAAAGUCCUCCUCAAGAAAAACCCCGAUUUCACCUCCGUGAACGACCUCAAGAAACGCAUCCGCGCCGCCAAGCGCCUCCUCGCCAAGCCCGACCUCCCCGCCGAUGUGCGCGUCACCCAGGAGCGCGCCCUGCUGGGCUACGAGCGCGAUCUCGAGGAAGAGACCAAGAGCCGGGAACGGUCGAAGCUGAUCAAGAAGUAUCAUUUUGUGCGAUUCUUGGAACGCAAGACCGCUACGAAGGAAAUCGCCCGGCUCACCCGGAAGGAGAAGGAAAUUACCGAGAAUACGGCUGGGAUUGAUGCCGCGGCGAGGGAGAAGAAGCUCGCGUCCGUGGCGAGGAAGCUGCACGUUGCGCGCGUGAAUCUGAACUAUACGAUCUAUUACCCGCUUACGGAGAAGUAUAUCGCUUUGUAUGCGGAUGUGAAGAAGAAUAAGAAGGUGGAGGAUGGGCAGGUUGUUGAGGCGGAGGAGGAGAAAGAGCAGAAGGAGGAGGAGGAUGCGGCAGGAGCAGCGGAGAGGUCGUCUGCUAUGUGGAAGACGGUGGAGCAGUGCAUGAAGAACGGCACCCUGGAUCUUCUCCGGGACGGCAAGCUGAACAAUAACAAAGACAAACGAUCCAAGGUGGCAGACGCCGGCGCGGCGGAUGAGUCGAAGAAGAACAAGAAGACCGCGCGCGAGCACCCCGAUUCGCACAAGUCGAGCGCAAGGGCCAAGAGCGAGGAUCGGAAACACAAGAAAAAGUCAGCCGCCAAGCAGGAUGACUACGAGAUGCCGGAUGCCGGCAAUAAUGAUAGUGGGGAUGAGAGUGACGGCGGAUUCUUUGAAAUGUGA